GGACCCUUCCUUAGGCCCGUAGACGAGGUUAGGGAUAACGCCCCCGGCUACUACGCCCGAAUCCGCCAGCCUAUGGAUCUGGCGACUAUGCGCACUAAACUCGAGGGAGGCCGGUACAACGCGGCCGCAGACUUUAAGGCAGAUUUCGAUCUUAUGAUCAGUAACUGCUACGAGUACAACACGGCCGGACCGGCCUCCCUUACUGAUCUUGCCGAGAGGUUCGUUAAGGACUUCGACUGGGAGUGGGAGCAAAUGGCAAGAUGGAGAAGUAAGGAGCGUAGCCGCUUGCUGAAACUCCAGCAGCCUCCUCCUGCUCCCUCGGCUAUUGCUCAGAGCUCCGUGUCCUCGGGCAGCAAUGUUUCUAUGAAGGAGGCCGAGUUACUCUUUUGUCAGCAUAUCCUUCAAGAGUUCAUUCGUCCGAAGCACAAGCGUUACGUGCCCUUUUUCAAGGAGCCAGUUGACGCAGCUCGAGUUCCUUCUUACCAUACCAUCAUCAAGAAGCCGAUCGACCUUGCGACCAUCACCACCAAGCUCGAGAAUCAGCAGUACGACUCAGCUGCCACCUUCAAGGCCGACUUCGAUCUCAUGUUUAACAACAGUGAUCAUUUCAACGCU